AUGAUCAACGGAUCAACUUCCGGUUUGUCGAGCAAGAUCAACAGUGGGAACGGAAAUGGAAGUGCAGGCGUCAUACGUGGUGGUGGUGAAGGGGAUGGAGAUGCUGACGAGGAAGAUGACGAGGAGGCUGAUAAGAUUGAUGUUGAAGAGACGAGUGUCGAAUUGGAUGGAAAGGAACUGUGGGAAAAAUUUCAUCGCAUGGAAACUGAGAUGGUCAUCACCAAAUCUGGCAGACGAAUGUUCCCGCCAUACAAAGUCAAAGUAUCUGGCUUAUCAAAAAAAUCCAAGUACAUUCUCCUCAUGGACGUGGUGCCUGUUGACGACUGUCGCUACAAAUUCCACAACUCGAAAUGGAUGGUUGCCGGAAAAGCUGAUCCGGAGAUGCCAAAAAGGAUGUACAUUCACCCAGAUUCACCGGCCUGUGGCGAGCAGUGGAUGAGUAAGGUCGUCUCCUUCCACAAACUCAAGUUGACCAACAACAUCUCUGAUAAGCACGGAUUCACCAUCUUGAACUCCAUGCACAAGUACCAGCCAAGAUUUCACGUAGUAAAGGCUAGCGACAUCUACCGCAUGCCAUUCAGUAGCUUCAAAACGUUCGUCUUCAAGGAAACCGAAUUCGUGGCCGUAACCGCUUAUCAGAAUGAGAAGAUCACUCAAUUGAAGAUUGACAGCAAUCCGUUCGCGAAAGGUUUCAGAGAUUGCGGUGGCGGGAAAAGAGAAAAGAAGUAA